UCUCCGAUGUCAUACCGAAAUCGUUUUCGCAGAAAGUGGUGACUUGGCUCCUAGACUCUGUAAACGCCGGUCGCAGUGUCUUCUCCAGUGCUGAACAUCCGAUAAAUAUAUUACCCAAAAGAAUCAAAGGCUAUAUCUAUAUCUACUAACAGUUGAAGCAGCAGGAUAAAGGAAGAAAAAACGCAAGCAGAAUAAACCAUGCGAUUUUGAUAUUUGUUUGUUAUAAGAAAGAGUUAAAAAUCUGUUAGAAAAAGAAAAGAGCAAAAUUGUCUUCGCGACAAUUUCAUCGUUCAAGUUUUGCGGGAGUUUUCCAUAGGGACAAAUUGGCUGUUCCGAUUAAUUUUUUUCCUCAAUCCCAGCCAUAGAUGAAAAAGUGUUAUUUCUGAGUUUUCCAUUUCCACCCAGUGGUAUUCUGUAGCCUUUUCUUCGGGUUUUCUUCCGCGUUCGACAGCAACAAAGUGAUCUAGCUGUAACAGCAAAAAUUAAAUAAAAUUUCGUGACCGCAAGGAAAAUUUUCAUUGAUCUGUCUGUGUGUCCGUAGAAAAAAAAAAAAGGGUAUACGGCCGAAUAUCCCUGAUCGGAAGAAAGAAGAAGUAGCAGUAGUGUAACAAAAAAAAAUUUCCUUCUUGGUCUUAGUAGUACGGUGUGUGUGGAAAAUCGAAGUAUUUUCCGAAGUGAGAGGAAAGAUUGAAUUUGCGCCAGAGUGAGUUUUCCUAGCGAGAGAAAGAGUGGCUAACUUACGGUAAGGACAAAAACGAACAAUACGCGGAAAAGGUUAUUACAGAUUUCAACUUUCCUCGCUGCUUUUCCACGCACUACUGCCGGAGAGCAGCUGGACGGACGUGAGCGAGAGAGAAAGAGAUCCGAAAAGUGAAGCUGGAAAUUGAAGGCACGAGGCUAGUGUGUUAGUGAACUCCAUCGCGUCUGACAGAUCCUGAAGAAACUUUUCGUAAUACGGGUGCGGCCAUACUGACACGCACGCACACCAGCCAGCAACCAGUCAGCGAACGGAUCAGACCUGUGACAAUUUGGUGUGGAGUUUCAAACCAGACAGUUUCGUCUGAGGUGAUUUGUCGUGAGAUUGUCCUUCUUGUCAAAAAGAAAAACCCACUAGUCAACCGCUGAAAGUUCGAAUCGUUCGGGAAGAAAACCAGCAAAGCCUCCCUUGUCAAACUGUCCAAUCUGUCUGCUAGCGAAAUGUCGGGGGAUCAAAGUGGUCCCUUGGAGUUGAACGGCACCGGCGGCGGUGUGACCCCCGGCGGUGACGGUGGCAGCAAUGGUGCCCUUGCGGAUGGUACCAUGAACGGUGGCACCGCUAGUCCCGGGGGUGGAGGAGGCAGUGAGGCAGGCGGUACCGGCGGUCUGGGCGCUGGAGACGCUGGCUGCUCGGAUGGAGGGCCGCCCAGCAUCGUCGGCGUCGGACCGCCGAGUCCGCUAACCGGGUGCUAUCUGCUGAUUGUCAUCGGUGAGCCACACUCUCAGGACCACAAGGAUAUCAUUCUGCAGCGGUUGAUUAAAGGUUUCCUAUCAUGGGACGUGUCCGACUGUCACGUCGACCUGGAGGAGGAGCUGAACACCAUCACGUUGCAGGCCCUGGAAGGAGAGGAAGGCAAGCACGGUGAACGGUUGAUCCAGUACGCGAGUGAAAAUCUCGUCACGGAGAUUCUCAUCCAUCCGCAGAUUAACACCUUCAUUCAGUGCAUACGGAAUCUGCUGAGCAGCUUCACCCGGCAUCGGCACAUCAUUCACACCGGGUACACCUUUGCCGCCAACGGUUCCUGGGUACUGCAGGAUGGCACCUUUUCGGUGGUCGACUUCAUGGAAGCCUUCCAGGAGCACGAAGUGCAGCGGGUUUUGCGCGCCUACCCGGACACCAUCACGAUGGAUGUCCACUGCGCCCCGGUCGGCACCUGGACCACAAUCCAGGACAAGAGCUUUGCCCGGCUCUGUCGCAUCCGGCUAAACCCGGUCGAUGUGCUGAGCUCGGGCAGUGACAAACUGAGCGCAUUCGUGGACUAUCUGGCGGCGAUGAUCGUACCUACGGAAAUCUCCGAACUGCUGGAGAGCUCCGACGUGGUCGGCAAUAUCCGCUUCAGCCAUCCGACACUGUAUGUCUUCCCGGGAGGGCAGGGAGACGCGGCACUGUUUGGAAUUAAUGGAUUCAACAUGUUGGUUGAUGGCGGUUUCAGUAGAAAGUCCUGCUUUUGGGAUUUUGUACGACAUUUGGAUCGCCUGGAUGCCGUUCUGAUGACCCGUAUCAAUAAUACCAACAUCAAGGGUAUUUCGGCGGUUGUCGAGCGCAAAAAUGAAGCCCAUGUUUAUCCUCAGAUUGGGCACUUCUUCUGCAAUAUUCCCGAGCGCAAAAGUUUGCUAAGUCCGGAUGGAGACAAGGAUCGUGACCCGCUGUUGGUAGAUCUGAUCGAAGAGGGUCACAAGAUUGUGACCAAUCUAAAAUCGUUGAAUCUAAAAGCACAAAAUUGCUACCGAGAUGCCGAACCGAUCAAUCUGUAUCAUAAGGUUGGCCACGGCACACUGGAUAUGUACGUGAUCAGUCCGGCUAAGGACUCCAAAGAAGUUAAAGAAUUCCUCGCCAAAUGGCACGCUGCUGAUCCGAAACUUUUCACACCAAAGGAUUCCAAAGAAUUUACAUUCCCCAUCCAAAAUAUCAUUUCCAUCUGUGCGCUUCUGGUUUGGACACCCGCAAAUCCCGAGGACAACAUCACCAGAAUACUGUUCCCCGGUUCCGCACCGGAGUAUAAAAUUCUGGAAGGGUUGGAGAAAAUGAAGAACGUAGAAUUCAUGCGCCAUCCAUUGUGCACCGUCAAAUCGAUUGCACCGAGUCUCUCAACGCAAACGAUCUCCAAAAAAUCCCUCAAGUCGUCAUCGAUCGACAAGAUAAUACCCGAGCCAAUCCUUCCGUCCAAGGUACUGAAACCGUCGGAAAAGGAUAACAAGCUUAUGGACAACAAGAUGAAAAUGAUCGACAACAAGUUGGCCGAUGCCGCUAAAAGUUCCUCGGAAAUCAUGGACAGUUCCGGCGAUGAAGCCAAACUGGAAAAACACGUGACCAAGUCAUCAAUGGCUACUUUCGCCGCAGCGAAAGUAGAUGCCGGCAAGCUUAAAUCUGCCAAAGUAAAAUCAACAGAGUCAGCCAAAAAACAAGACAACAAACUGAUCGAGUCAAGCAAAAAGAUCGAUUUCGAUGAGAAGAAAGAUUCAACAUCCGAUGGCGGCUCGGAUAAGGACGAUACAGAGAAGAAGCCUGAAGAAGAGAGGGAAAAGAAGGAAGACGAAACGGUUGAUGCGAAGAAAGAAGAAUCACCAUCUGCGAAGGACGAAAGCAAGACCGUCAAGAAAGUCGGUGAACGUGUGAGUCGACCGGCCACAGCCCGCUCGCGCAUUGACACAAAACCACCCACAAAAGUGACAAAAACCAUCAAAAAGAAGGACGAAACCAACAAAUCUUCUCCGACAACACCGAAAAAAGCAGUCGAACCGAAGCUGACCAACGGGGUAGCGGAGAAGAAGGAAGACGCCGAAUCGAAGAAAGCGAUUGGGCCUCCCAAGACAACGAAACCCGUUGCUACUAGACCGGGGAAAACCAGCCCGAGAAGCACUCCGGCUAAGAGCGCUAAAGACGCCAACAAUCGUAAAGUACUCGAAGCCCGACAACGGCCAAUUACGAAGCCCCCGGUCAAGAAGGAACCGGUAGCGGCUCCAGAAAAGAAGGACUCUCCCCCUAAAAUUGAACGUAAGCCCAUAUCUCGCCGGCCGAAAGCCGCUGCCCCUGGUCACGCUGUUGGUGGAAGCCCGGUGAAAGCCAAGAAAGUGUUGAAAUCUGAAAAAGACGCAGUCAUCCGUAAGGCUAAGCUGGACAAGAAUGGCACUACGGAUUCCAGCCUGGUGUCCACCCCCAGUGCCGACGAGGCUGGCGUGGCAGUUCAGAAACGCAUUGUUGAUCCGGUGGCUUCAACAAACGGUUCUGUGGAAGGUACUACCGUGGACCCUCAGCAUUUGGCGGAGCUGAAGGAAGAACAAGACGCCGUUCGUGAAAUCGAAGCAGUGUUUAAGCGAGAUUCGGAAAAGGCAAAACGUCAUGAACUACUUUCAGAGCAUCGUGAAAUACAGGACAGUGCAACCGAACCCGAAGAAGAGGAGGAGUAUCUCAUCAUUGAGAAAGAGGAACAGUACACGGAAGAUUCAAUCAACGAGCCGGAAAGCAGUGCUACCAAAGAAGAAGAAAUACAGAAGCACCAACGCGAUUCGGAAGAAUCGGAAAAACGAAAACGUGACAGCUUGCAUGAAGAAAAAACGGAUCUAACGAAAGCGGAAGGAGAAACAGCAACAGUUAUCGAAAUCGUCGAAGGAGACAAGGAAGAAGCGGCAGAGGAAGAGGAAGAAGAGCCGAAACCUGAAGAGAAGGAAGCCAUUAUCGAGAAAGAGGCCAUGGAAAAGGUGAAGGAGGAAACAGAAGAGGAGGAAAAGUUGUCUCCCAAGCACAAGCAAGAUCUGGAGGAAGAGGUACAGGAUAUUAUUGCCUCCGCGAAGGAAAUCGCCAAAUCCAAAAUGGAAACAUCCAUGGACGGAUUGAAGACGGAGGAAAUUUCUUCCUUUAGUCCGGAUGAAAAAAUCAGCAGCACUAAAAAGACCAGUGACACUCGCGACGAGAAUGAACCGGAGCCAGCUCCGAAGGAGCAAAUCGGAGCACCCCAAGAGAGCCAUCACGAGGAACGGGUUUCGGCGACGGGAGAAUCCGGCGCCACCACAACAGCCCCGACACUGCCGGAAGACGAACGGAUUCCGUUGGAUGAAAUAAAAGAAGACUUGGUCAUUGAGGAAAAGCACGUCAAGGAGGAAACCAAAGAAGUCGAAGUUGCUCCUCCACUGCCGACUGUUUACGAGCCUCUCGAAAGACCAACGCCUGCUAAGAUGCAUUUCAGUGCCCAGCAGGCCCAUAUACGUGACGUGGUGAAAACACCCGAUGAGGUCGCAGAUCUUCCAGUACACGAAGAGGCGGACUUUGAGGAAUACAGCGAGGAUAAGGAUAAGGAAGCGGAAAAGGAACGCCACACCAAAGACAAGGCACCAGCUACGGAAGCGCCACAAAAGAAGCAGACUGAAGCGAAGCAACCAGAAAAGACUGACAAAGUAGUAGCAGAUAAGUCGGCAGAAAGUGAUAAACAAUGUGAUACGGUUAAGGAUGUGCAAGAGGAAGUUCUGGAAGUGGUCGAAAAGAUGAGGGUUGACACCAAGCUAGACAGACCGCCCAAGCUGGAAACGCAAUCGUCUCCAGCGAAGGACAAGGUGGAUGAGGCAGCCGUGCUCCAGGAUAUAGAGUCGCAAAUAAUUUCGAAGGAUGUAGAAGUGAAGGAAAAAGUGGAACCAUCGGUUGCUAAAGAUGUGGGAAAAACACCAGAACCGGUUGAAGCUGAAGCGGAUGACGAGGAGGAUAAGAAAUCCGUUCACGAGGAUGUUAUCGUUCCGACUAAGGUCGAGCCGAAAGUACCCGUUUCUGCUGAGUCGUCGGUGCUCGAUGAGAUCUGGCAAUCAUCAGCCAAAGCUGAGCAGAAGUUGGAAGAAUUGAAGAACAUAAUUGAGGAUAAAGCGAAAGAAACCACAUCCGAUCUGGGGGCCAUGAAAGAUGAAAUGUUUCAGGAGUUGGUGGACCGUAAAGAACAGAUUGUGGAAACCGUGACAGCAGAUAUCAAAGACUCGGUUGCCGAACUGGGUAAGGAAGCUGAUGAGGUAGUGAAGACCAUCGGUGAGGAAUUGCAAUCCAAGGCUCAGCAGGCAGAUGAGAAACUCGCAGCAGGAGUGGAGCAAACGGCCGCCAAGGCGGAGGAAAUUUUGGAGACGAUUGCUGCCGAAAAAAAGGAACUCGAGCAGCUGGCUAAGGAAAUAAAGGAAGAGGUGGCCGGAAAACUGGAGGAAACGAAGAAACAAAUUGAUAUUGAGGUAAAUAAAACAGUGGAACAAUUACAGGAGCAAGCGAAAACAGGAAUCAGCUCAUUUUCCGGUGGAAUCACCGACGGAAUCAAGUCUGGAAUUGAAAAAAUGGCCGAUAAAGUCGAAACAGAGAUUAAGGAAAAAACCGAACAAGUUGAGGAUAAGUUGCAAGCAGUAAGUGAUAAAAUUGAUGAAUUGAAGGGUAAGGAAGCUGUGGAGAAAGUUUGUCAAAAGAAAGAAGACGCUAAGGUACCGGAAGCCGGUGCAGCUUUCGAUGCUUCCUUCGGAAGAAGCUUUACUCAAGAGCUUCGAGAGACCCAUAUCACAACACUGGACUCUCCGAUCGGAGAUGCAGAUAAAACGCUGGAAAUGAAGGCGGCGAUUAAAAUACCACAACAUAUCGACGAAGACAAAGAACUGGAGGAAAUCGAGGAUGCUAAGCAAGCGGCAGCCGGAUCUUUCGUGAUUGAAGAGGUGAAAUAUUCCAACUUCGAAGACGCCAAUUUGCGUGACAUUAAGGAAGAGGAGGAGGAGGAUCGUGUUUCGCCCCCACAAAAGGAUGAUAAGAAACCUGUCUCACCUAGACUGGAGCCGUUGAAGCAACCACCACGAUCGCGGACGCCUGAGGAUGUUGCAAAGAUAGUAGCCAAUGUCGCAGAGGUGCUCAAGUCCGAUAAAGAUUUAGAAGAGAUCAUUCCAGGAUUCGAUCCGCAGGAGUUGGAGCGUAAGCUUAGCCAAGGAGCCGCUCGCGAAGAAGAUGUUAGCACUGUUCAGCGGAUGCUGGUGACGACUAGCAGUGAGGAUGGCGGAGAAGAAAUCGAUAUUUGUCCAGCCGGUACUAUAACUUUCUCGAAGUCGGCAACACCCGAGCCGGUGAUUUCCGGAAAAACUACACCUGAAAUUCGGGUUGACGAAGAAGUAGGUGAGGCGGAGAAGAAAACUGAAGAGAAAGUAGAUGAACCUCAGCUACCGGAGGUGAAAGCAGCCGAGAAGACUAGUCCAACAUCCUCUGGAAAGUCAUCUCCCGAUCUAAAAACUUCACCAACGUCGAUUGAGGAGAAGGAGAAGCAUGAGCUGCCAGAAAAAGUGGUUGCAGAUGUGAAGAAGACACCUGAAAAAGUCGCAGAUGAACGGAAAGAGUCGCUUACGGAACAGUUUGAUCGAAUUGACGACUCGAGACGUGAAUCAGCAAUCAGUACGUUUAGUGAGCGUGAUUACACCAAAGACGAGAGUUCCUUCGUGGACGAAAGAGAUUCCUCGCGGGCUCACUCGAUUUCAAGCCACAUCAGCGAACUGAACGAAGAUGAAACAGAGACUAAGGCAGCCGACACUAAAGCGGACACUGUCGCUCAACCCGAAAAGGCUAAAGUGGACUCCAAGAAAGUUGAUGAGCUUUCUAGUCCAGAAUCGAUAACAAGCCAGAAGACAGUGUCGGAGAAAUCGGUUCCAGAAAAGGAGAUAAAAGCUGAGCCGCCAGUGAAGGAAGAGAAAACCGAAACCAAAAAACCAUCCAGACCGGAAUCCGCUUCCAGUGAGAAGCCUGCCUCGGACAAGCCAGCAGAAGCGUCCAGACCAGAAUCGGUAGCUAGUCACACCAGCGAGAAAGCACCUUCUGACAAACUGUCAGCCGCGGAGCCAUCAAGGCCAGAAUCGGCCGCUAGUCAUGCAAGCGAUAAGGCUCCAUCGGAUGGCAAACAGGAGUCGAAGGAAAUUUCGCGACCAGAAUCAGCAGUGUCACAAGCUGGUAGUGACAAACCAGAGGAGAAAACUAAAGAUGCUUCCAGACCGGAGUCCGCGGCGUCGCAUGUCAGUGAGAAAGCAUCAGCGGAAACCAAGGAAGCUUCUCGUCCGGAGUCUGCUGCAUCGCAUGUUAGCGAAAAGCCACCUUCGGAUAAGCCAGAGGCAAAGGAAGCUUCCCGACCGGAGUCCGUGGUGUCGCAUGUCAGUGAGAAAGCACCAUCAGUGAAAUCAGAUGAGAAAGAAACUUCUCGACCGGAGUCCGUUGCAUCACAUGUCAGUAGUGAGAAGGCGCCUUCCGAGAAGCCGGAGGCGAAAGAUAGUUCUCGACCGGAAUCCGUUGCGUCGCAUGUCAGUAGUGAGAAAGCACCGUCGGAGAAGCCAGAGGCAAAGGAGGCCUCUAGACCGGAGUCAGUGGCAUCGCACGUUAGCGAGAAGUCUCCAUCCGAGAAAGCUGAUGUUAAGGCGGAAGACAAGGAGGCAUCUCGACCAGAAUCUGUCGCCUCACACGUUAGUGAUAAAGAGGCCGAGAAGCCGGCUUCCUUAGCAGAAUCGGCUGCUUCCCAUGUUAGUGAAUCAGUUCCGGCUGAAGAUAAGGCAGCUUCCCGCCCGCCAGCAUCUGCUGCGUCUCAUGUGAGUGAAAAAUCGGAACCAAAGUUGGAUUCGAAGGAAAAACCGAAUACUGCAACUGUUUCAAAGGAAUCGUCUCGCCCAGCUUCCGCAGCAUCACAUGUGAGUGAGAAGGCUCCUUCAGAGAAGUCGGAAGAUAAAUCUCCACUCAAGGAAGCUUCCCACCCGGAAUCAGCCGCCUCUGAGAAACCGGAUGAUAAAACCGUUGUCAAAGGGGUUUCUCGACCAGAAUCCGCUGCAUCCCAGGUGAGCGAAAAAGCUGCUACGGAAAAGUCUGAUGAUAAGCAGGAGACUUCGCGACCAGAGUCGGCCACUUCGCUCGGUGAGAAACGUGAAUCUCUGGCUAGCCAAUCUUCUUCCAAACCGGAUGCCGACGAAAAACUAUCCGAACCUGCGAAAGAUGCUUCCCGGCCGACAUCUGCAGCCAGUGAAAAAUCUAUGGAUUUGGACGGAAAGCAAACAUCACCUAAAGAUGAGAAGAAGGAAACUGAUCGCCCGGAAUCGGUUGCUAGCCAGCUCAGUGACAGUAAGUCUCCUGCAGCUCAUGCAGAUGAUAAGCUUGGAUCUCGCCCGGAGUCUGCGGCUAGUCAUAUUAGCGAGAAGCCGGAUGACAAGGAACUUUCCAAACAAGACGUGAAAGAAACAUCUCGUCCCGAAUCUACAGCCAGUCACGUAAGUGAUAAAGAACAACCCAAGGAUUCUUCCACUCCAGCUGCUGAAGCCAAAACUUCCAGACCCGAAUCAGCCGCUAGUCAUGUAAGCGAUUCUGGUAAAAAAGACGAAAAAGCUUCCUCCAGACCGGAAUCUGCUGCAAGUCACGUCAGUGACAAAUCUUCCAAAGGCAAGCAAGCUGAGGAGAAAAAAUCAGACGCGGACAAAGAUCGACCAGCAUCGACAGCUGCAAGCGAGAAGGAUGCUUCGCGACCGACAUCCGCUGCCAGUCACGUCAGUGAGAAGCUCGAGGCACCCAAAGACGCCUCGCGUCCAUUAUCCGCUGCUAGUGUUGAAAGCGAAAAGAGUCCUGUGGCACCCGCCCCAGACAAAGCGCCAUCCAGACCGGAAUCGGUAGCAAGUCACGUUAGCGGCAAAGACGAAGAGGAAGCUUCCCGACCUGUUUCCGUUGCUAGUCACGCGAGCGAAAAAAUCCCCUCAGCAGAAGCGGAACCAGCUCAAGCGAUAGUCAAUGGUGACUACUCACGGCCGGAGUCACCGGCCAGCUGCUCUAGCGAUAAAGUAAUUCCGUCGAAAGAACCAGAGUCUAAAAUCGCUGAAAAAGAUCUUGCCCGGCAAGACUCUACGGCUAGCUAUCACGGGGAACCCAUCCCAGACGAAAAGUCUUUCUCCCGUCCGGAUUCACCAGCCAGUUGCGGCGAAGAUCAAAAAGAAAACAAGGAACCGGUGAAACCAACCACAGAGAAAGACACUGCUCAAGUCCAGGAAGAGAAGCCCAAACAAGAAGGCGAAGACUUCUCUCGCCCGGAGUCUCCCGCCAGUUGUGGUGAUGGAUCGGAACAACCCACGCCAUCAGCCCCUGAGUCAACCGUUCCGGAGAAAAACCUCGCUAGACAAGACUCCAGCGCUAGCUACCACGGUGAGGCAAUCCCUGGUGAGAAAACAUUCUCACGUCCCGAAUCGCCAGCAAGUUGUGCCGAAGAUGACGCCAAACCAACAUCCCGGCCUGAGUCUGUGGUUAGUGAGAAAGCCGCCUCCGAUAAAUCCACCGGAAAGGAAGCUUCUCGGCCAGAAUCGGCUGCCAGUCAUCAAAGUGAAAAGGACAAAUCACCCAUCACGACCGAAACCGACGCCUCCAAGUCACCUGCUGGAGACGAUAAACCCAAGCAAGACUCACGUCCGGGAUCAGCUGCUAGUCACGUUUCCGACAAAUCACAACCUGCUGAAGCAAAAGACUCCCAGUCUCGACGCGCAUCAGCAGACCGACCAACGUCGGCUCUGAGUGAUCACGCUGACGAAGCGGAGGAUAAAAUAGUUCUGAAGGAAUCGCGCUCAAAAUCGCUAUCGGCCGUGAUGUCGUCAACGCCUCAGAGAAGCGGUUUCGAUGGCGGAGCACUCGGAGUGCUGGAAGAAGCCACUUCACGAGAUGAUUUACAUGUUCUGAAAACUCCUCGCGACAGCAUCACCAAAAUCGUGGAGCUAAAACAACCGAAGAGUGAAUCUAAGUUGGAUAAACCGCUCUUCGGAGCCGAACAUUUUCCAGUGGAGGAAAAGACCGUAGCACAGGGUUUCCCCACCACUGGAACCGAAAAGGAAAGCCCCGAUCACAGUGCUCGUAUCGCUCCAGGGCUCGAUCAACUGCUGAAAGAUACGUGCUCCUCAAUGAAAGAGAUCGAUAAUAUGUCGACCUCGGUUAUCUCCAUGAUCAAAACCUCGGAGAAGAAGGAAGAAACGAGUAAAGCCGACGACAAGGGAUUGGCCAUUUCUUUCCCCAUUCUCGACAGUGGAAAAUCCACCCCAGUGUCAGUGGAUAAGGACAAAUCACAAGCAUCCAGCAUCAAGUCGGCAAGUCCCCAUGAGAAGGACUCCCUCGAGGAAAGCUCAGUUUCUCUAAACACCUUCAUCGAGAAGGAUAGUCUCUCAGAAAGCACCACUAAGCAGGUUACGAUCAAAACAAGUACUAUCGACGAAUCAGCACUGAAGGCCACAACAAGCGCCGGUGGUAAAGUAGAGAGUUCCGAAUUGCUGGGUGGAUCCAAGACUCCACCAACAGCACCUAUCAGUCCCAGUGUGGUUAAGGAAGACUUCGGCUUGGGGCAGCAAAUUGAAAGCACUGUCACUAGCAGUACCCCAACCACCACCACCACCACCACUGCUUCCGGUCAGGUGACCAAGUCGCACAAAGAAGAUGCGUCUGGUGUUUCAACACCUAAAGAGUCUGUACCAUCUGGAAAGAGCAGCCCUGGUUUAAUGUCCGUUCACACAGGUAGUACAGAUAGUGCGUCCAAGUCAAUCAACCUCGGUCACAGUUCAGGUAUUGAAACAUCAGAUUCAUCUCCGAAACCAACGUCACCCUUCCCGAAAGUGGUCGACACGCUGAAGACAGAUGACAUCAAAACUAGCUCCGGCAUGAGCACUCCGGAUAUGACCCGUACAUCCACACCGGAUAUGGUAGAUUCACAAAUCGAACGAAUCCCCGAUGAUAAAUCAACCGUCACAACUACCACCACCAAAACUACGCGGUACAUCGUAGAGGAUGGAGAAAAAAUCGAAGUUGGAAGCUCAGUGAAGACGGAAACAUUCAGUGAUGCGAAGAAAGAUGACACCAGCAGCGCUGGUGAAUCUUUGUCAACGUCUAGUGUAACCACAACUACUGCAACCAAGAUAGUGAAGGAACCGGUGAAAACUCCAGGCGCACUCACACUCACAUCAACCGAGGGUCGCAGCUUGACGGACGAGUUCGACGAUAAAGAUGCUCUGUCACCUCGAUCGGACAUAUCAUCAGGUCAGGCAUCGCGUAUUGUUGCCGGCUGGCACGAUGAGGAGGUUCCCGGUUCGCCGAUGAGCGUCACAUCGCAGGCUCCUCUCUCGCCGAGCACGAAGUACACCUACGACUACGACUUCCAGCAUUCAAGCUCGGGAGUAAGCAAAAAGUCGGACAUCGAAAUCGACGACAGUCAGGAUGAAAUUCCUCCCCAGUACGACAGUGAAGAGGUGAAGUCUGCUAUCACUAUCGCCUCCGCUUACAAACCGGAUCCCAUGAGUACCUCUUUCUACGGCCAACUUCCCGAUGUUUCCGAUACAACCGCAACAACUACUUCCGCUACGACCAAAUCGGUCCCGAUUCCAAUCACCGCCGGGAAAGCAGGCACGAAAGCCUACAUGGAGUACGCCUCUAGCGGUGAUAGCAGCAGUGUGGACUCCAGUCUCCAGAAACCCAUGAGAGACAGUAAAUACCUGGAUGAUGCCGAUCUGGAUUUCGAGAAAACCUUCACCAAAUCAGACCAGGUAGACUUGAUGACCACUUCAAUGCACUUCUCCAGUGAGACCGAAUUUUUGGCUGCUACCAACGUCGUUGCUCCAUCCGCCCCAACAACCAUUGCCGAUAGCAGCAAGAAAGAGCUAGACUUCACUGCUAGUGGAUUACCUUCGACCGGAACCACACAAGCACAAACUACUGUUACAACCACAGCACAGCCAAGCACUACUACCACUACAUCAUCCACUGACCAAUCGCAACCGGACAAAAACAAAGACAUCCUGGCGUCGUGGGGAAAACCACUUGGACUCCCGUCACCAGCUCCGCUGAAUGAUGCCGACAUGAAAACAACCCCCAAAAAGGAACGGCGAAUGAUCAUCAGCAAGACCCGGCUGAACAACGAAAAAAAUCUCCGCAAGCGGUCGGAAUCGCCGAUCAAACCGGCGAAAAAACCAGCCCCGGUUUACGUUGACCUGUCCUACGUACCACAUCACGGUAACUCGUACUACGCCAAUGUGGAGUUCUUCAAGCGGGUACGAGCCCGCUACUACGUGUUCUCCGGAACGGAACCGAGCCGAGAGGUGUACAAUGCCCUGCUGGAGGCCAAGCAAACCUGGGAGGAUAAAGAAUUAGAGGUGACUAUCAUUCCAACCUACGACACCGACGUGCUCGGCUACUGGGUCUCGGAGAACGAGGACCUGCUGGCGAAGUACCACAUCGAUCUGUCACCAUCGGCCGCCCGCUGUACGAUCAACCUGCAAGAUCACGAAACGUCCUGUUCCGCCUACCGGCUCGAAUUCUAGGCGCAGGGGAUCUUUGUAGCGUUCUCGAGUGACAUCCAUACGAUUCAUACCCAGUCCCAUUCGGCUUCGUCCCUGUGCGGCUCUUCGGUGGCCUACGAGCCGGUUGCAACCUCCGCGGAGGCUCCCGUUGAUGUUGUUGCGGCUGCUGCUGCUACCGCCGCGACGGACGAAACUGUAAAAUCCUAAAUUCUAAACCCCGUUUUUCCCCGCAGCUUUAAGAAUGCUCCGAUUCAGGACACUGGAAACUACAGUUAGUAUUUAUCAUAGCCGUUACGUUCUGACUCGAUAGGAAUCCUUAGGAUCUCUGAAUGAUAGUGACUGAAUAUAUCCUUCUGGUAGCUAGAAGGAGAGAAAUGUUUUUUUAUUACUAUUAAUGAUACUUGAAUAUUCAUCAGGUUUUUCGUUUUCUAACUUAGUUUACCACUAGUACACUGUAUUCUAAUAACUGAUAGUUAGUUUAGAAUUCAAAACUAGCCUAAACAAAAGCCCAUUUAGGAGAAGACAAUGAUAAAAGAGCUUAAUGAUCACGAUAGGGAUCAGAUAGAAUGGUAACCUUUGAAAAAGGACAAAAAACCAUAACCAAAAAUCACCCUCAAGGGGAAGCAAAAUCCAACCCAAGUCUAGGAGAGCAAACACAGCCAAGCCAAAAAUAAAACAUCCAAAUAGUCGACCGAAGUAAAAUACUGAUACUACUGCAACUACUACUAUUACUUUUACUAGGAGAAGACCUUUUAGGAACUAAUUGAUACCAGUACCUACAGAUGCGAUGUCAGAGUUUUAGUGAUCAAAUUGAUUAAUUUAAUUCUCACGCCAGAUGCUAGAGCAAAGGUAGUUAGCGUUGUGAUAUAUUGUGUUAGGAGAAACAUUCAAGCAAGCUACGGCACCACAAAUUGACACAUUUCCGAAAAUCUUUCGUACAAAUAAUUAGAAUAUUCGAAAACAGAAAAAACGAAAACAAAAUAUCCAGCGCCGGUAAACACAAAUCACUUCACUCAACUUUACGCGAAAAACAAACACUCUGACAAACUUCUUUGAUCCACGCGCGGCCGUAGCUGUUGUCUUGACAAGCGAUGAAGUGUUUACCGACAUGUGACAUCUGGUGGUGGGGAUCACCAGCACAAUGGAGCACCCCCCCCCCCCCCCCCCCCCACUUUUGCGGGAACGAUUCUCGCCGGCGUCCAGGGGCAGCGGAAUUUCAGGCAACUUCCGUCUAAAGUAUUUUUCAAAUACACACAACCAGACAUACAAACAAACACACACACAUACAGAAACCGACGCCAUAUUUUAGAAAGCACUUUAACAUUUUGACAUGUAUGAACACCGAAACCGACGCCAUUUUGGAUGAAUUUUUACAACAAAUAAGAAUAUAGCGAUUAUUAGCGAAGAAAACUAAAGUAAAAAAAUGGUAAUAAAAUGCUUAUUCAAGAUAUGAAAAUCACAGAUUUUGCUGCUCCUCGGCGAGAGUCGGUCCACUGCAGAUUGGUUGAAAAUUUUGAAUCAGUGGAAUAUGAAAAGAAAUAAAUACUUUACACUAUUACACGACAAAAUAAGUAAACAAAACAAAAAUAUAUACACAAAUAUUUACGAUUGUUGAACCUAUUGACUCGUUGGCCCCGAAGUAUGACAUAACGCGCGAUAGAAAAUGCGAACUCGUAUAUUUUUAUAUACACAGGAUAAUAUUCUUACAUUGGAAGUGAUCCAGAUACGAGUGCCCUGCCGAAGCAUCAUUGCUAGGCAGGCGUACAGUGCCGAUAAGAAUGAAACCUUGAAAGUUGAACCGAAGCAUAUUGCAAGGACUUUUCUUUACUAAUUGCUUGAAAUUAACAAACUAAAAAUAAAAUAAAAUCACAAACAAAGUGUAUUAAGCAACUUCCUUGCAGUCGAAAUAAUUCACACCACCAUUCACGCGAACAUUUUCGUUCAUCACAAUUCGAAUUGAUGAAAAAAAAAAAUAAAUAAAACGGCACAGAAAAAAUAGCAAGCAAAUUAUUUGUACAGGAAAAUUCUACCGCAUCAUGAAAAACCAUACCCCGCACGUAUCAGUUAGAAGCAGACCGGCCAGCGAUCAUGCUUAGUUUAUGCCGCUUUAUGUAUCCCCUUCUCAUGUUAGCAUUAGUUCGACUUGCUAAUAACCUUAAAUAAGAAGUUUCUUAGAAUUAAAAAAUCAAAUUAUUCUCGAUCAAAUAUUACAAACAAAACACGCAGUUGAUUGAUACUAAAAGAAAAUAAGAAUCUUAGAAAAAAAAGAAAACUAAACAACUUAGUGAUGUUUACGCCAGCUAUUACUAAACAAAAAAUGUUAAUUAUUAAGACAAAUUCAACAGCAAAUGAGAGAGCAAAGUAACAUAUUAAAAACAACCAAAACAUCAGCGGAGAGCUGGAACGGACAAGCGAUUGUUGCAAGAAAUUUAACGAUUUUUUAUAUGCGAUUUUAAGCUUUUAUAGUAGUGAAAACCACUAUUGAGCGACAGUAAGAACAAAAGAAAAACAAAAACUACAAAACAAAAACAAACCAAGCAGUGUCAAUCGUAGCUUCAUUCAGAAAAAAAAAAAGAAACAGAAACCGUGCCCUUUAAACCGAAAGAUAGCGCACGUAAACUAAAUUUUCUUUUCUGCAAAACUUCGCGUAAAACUAGAAUUUUAUUUCCACGACCUUCAGUUAUUUGUUUUUGCUUGGCGAAAGCACAAUGCCGAUUGCUGUUGAAUGAUCAGUCCAGCUCAUCACAGGCUGGGGAGCGUUUGACGCCGUUGUGUUUUGUUGUUUAGAUCGAUUAUUAUUGUGCCAGCAUUAAAAUGGCCGCUACUCGUGCAGCACGAAGAGAGCAGAGGACUUGUUAAAAUCAACGAAAAAAAAUAUAAGCCAAAGUCCACCUCGGUGGACUCGGUGGAAGGACGCCAGCAAUAGGGGACAACAAAACGCUAGCAAAAUGCCGGAAAUGCCUUUCCUAGGAGGAAACAAUUGACUAAACCUAAGGCAAAAUGUGUCACGAUAACCGAAACAAAAUAAAAAAAAACAGGAAGACACGUGUGAUGAUUAGGAAGAAGAAACGCAAAUUAUACAAUGUAAUACUAAUGGCUUAGGAAUCGACGCAUAUGGAAGACUUAUUGAAUGUCGUUUUAUACUUAUUUAUUAAUCGUUUUUCCAAUACGCAGCAUAGAUAGUAGCACGUUAAAGAAAGCAGUUUGACUAAGUUUGCAUGCAACGUAACUGCAAUAAGUUCACUUACGCUUUGGUUCGUGAAAAGGUUCAAGCAAGAAAGACUAAAACAAAAAUGAUAUUAGAAUAAACGAAGUUAAAUACAACUUUUUCCAGGAGAUACACAUAGAAAGAUAAAUUGCAUCUACUACAAAAAAAAUCGAAAUGAAACCUACUAAAAAUGUAAACUGUAUAAUUAUUAUGGCAGUAAUGAACAAAAAAAAACAAAUGAUAACUAUUUUAGCUUCAUCUAGUCAGUUGAUUGAAUGUUUCGUCUGUUCAGAAAUCCCCCAAAAAUGAAUCCGGCAUCUAGUUGAUAAACUAAUAUGUAAUGCAUUCCCCGCGCAAAUUCCCUUUGUUGGUAUUGAAUAUUCUGCUACACUAGUGCAGCAAGGCUGCGAAAAUGAAUAAGAAAUUAACUUAUUUCCAAGCGGUACUGAUGAUGAUGACAAAACCGACCGCUUGAAAACUCGUAAACUGCACCAGUCACACACACUCACACACAGAUACACUCACCGUACACAGCAAACCAAUGCAAAAGUUACACCUAAAUUCAUUUAUAUCUGCACCACACGGAAACAAUAUUUCUCAAGAAUAGUAAAAGAAAGACAGCAAACAAUUCCAUGGCCACAGAGCAUCACCGGAACGAUCAGGUUGAAAAAAAACAUAAAGUCAAUACCACGUACCGUUCUGCAAUGUAUGUCUAGCAUGUGUGUAUGAUCAUCCAUGUUUCAAACUCAGAUGCAAAGAAAAAAAUCAGAAACAGAAAUAAAAGCACGUAAUAUUAUUCUACAGAAAGAAAGAAACAAAACUGAAAAUUCCAUAUAAAACAAAUCAAUUUAAUUGAACAACAAAAGUAUAACCUAUUAUUACGAUGUAUGAUUAAAUAAUUAAAAAUGAAUUUAAAAAGUCAAUAAAAAAUAAAAAAUUGAAAAUGUA